AUGCCCCUACUCGGUUGGUUGGCCUCCGCCUUCUUCAUCGCAAGCACAGCAUCCCAACCAUUAUCUGGAAAGUUGACCGAUAUCUACGGCCGAAGGAACGGUUUGAUAUUCGCCAGUCUUAUCUUUGCACUUGGAAACCUGCUCUGUGCACUCGCCCACAAAGAAUGGGUUCUCAUCCUGGGACGAGUCAUAGCUGGACUAGGCGGGAGCGCUAUAGGACUAAUUGGCUCAUUCAUAAUUUCUGAUCUUAUUCCUCUUAGAAAGAGAGGAAUGUGGCAAGGUAUCGGAAACAUAUGUUAUGGGAUAGGUUCCGGGCUUGGAGGGCCUUUUGGAGGCUGGGUCAAUGAUACGAUUGGUUGGAGGUGGGCAUUCGUCGUACAAAUUCCUCUGACUCUUCUUUCGCUUAUUUGGGUCGUAAUCAAGGUUGAUAUCCCACUAAAAGAAACAGACCAGUCAAAAAUCAAGAGGGUUGAUUUUCUGGGUGCGUUUUUGCUUGUUGCCUCACUUGUGCUGAUGUUACUUGGUCUCAAUUCAGGGGGGAAAUAUUUUGCCUUGGAUCCACCCACUUGUUCUUGGGGCUCUUUGCGUUUCUGUGGUGUCACUUGUUCUUUUCAUCCUCGUGGAAGCGAAAUGGGCCCUUGAACCUAUCAUCCCGGUCCGUUUACUGCUGAAUCGGACGAUUGCAGCGGCAUGUCUGACCAACUGGUUUAUGUCAAUGGCUCGUUUCGGGCUUUUAUUUUAUGGCCCUAUAUACUUUCAAUUACAGGGCUACUCAGCAUCGCAAUCAGGCCUUCGUCUUGUUCCUGAAUCGGAUGCUAUUAGCACGACAUCUCUUGCUUGUGGGAUGGUCAUGCGAUGGACAGGUCGUUGCUAUUCCCUCAGCAUGAUGGUUCAGGGUGUCUUCGUUAUCGGAUUCGUUUGUAUCUCUACAAUACAACUCAGUACACCUGCCUGGCCACCAUUCAUUUAUCUCUUUUUGGUUAGCCUAGGGUAUAGUGGUAUGCUAACAACAACACUUCUCGCCCUCAUCGCGGCAGUCGAGCAGGAACACCAAGCAGUCAUUACUUCUGCCUCUUAUGCGGCUCGUAGCACAGGAAGUGUCAUUGGAAUUACCAUUGUGGGUCCCACUCUCCUUGCAGCUGAUGUAGAAAGAUUAGAACUAACUGUACAUAGGCCUCGACGGUAUUCCAAAACGUCCUUCGACCACAACUCUGGUCUCGUUUACAUCACAAUAAAAACGCGCAAGACAUUAUAUCUAGUAUUGAACACAACCUCAAAACAAUUCAUACCCUACCCCCGGAUUUGAGAAGUGAAGCUUCUGAAGCGUACAUGAUUUCCCUGAGAGCAGUUUUUCUGACGAUGCUUGGAUUGGCAGUGACGGGAUUGAUCACCGGGGCUUUUAUGAAAGAGUAUAAACUGCAUAAUAAAUUAUCUAGGCGGCCUUCGAGUUAA